UAAGAAUGGGUCUUGGAAUCAAAUCUUUGAUUUUAUUACUGUAUUGUACUUCUGCAGCGAGAGGUAUCUACCGUCUAUACGGAUCAUAUUUCAAUAAAGUUUUAAUUUAUCCUGCUGCAUAGCAAUCAAGCUUUUUGUGAAAAGGAUUACGGAGUAAAAGUGUGGUAAGCUUGAGGGACAUUUGGUUAGGUACUUGAGAUUCCCCAACUUUCAUUGUUGAUGUAUCAUCAUUGAUUGAUCAAUUGAUGCUGUUGAUUGAGGAUAUCAAUAUUCAAUUAUUGUCGUCGUCGAUUGAAUCCAAGUCAUCGCUCGUCCACUCACAUCCUAUCUCCAUCGCCAUCCAUACAUAGGAUUUGUGAAGGAGAGGAAACAACAAACUAAUCUAAUAUCCUCGACUCUCACUCCAUCUCCUCAAUUCCAACAUAAUCAACAACGUCGCGUCUUCACCAGCUUUCCUCACAUCCAUCAAAAUGGGUCUCUUCCCCAAUCGAAAGCGUCAACCAGCAACACCAGCUCAACAAGCAGGAGUAAUAUCCCCCCAAGGCAGAACCACAGACAAAAGUUCCGAUCGAACAUUAACAUCCGGCCAUGAAAAUCCCAAUUACACCUCAGCCACCGGGGUUGAUAUCAAGAGAGCGACAAAAGCACGUAAAACGGCAAUAUACAUAUCCAGUUUCUUAUACGUAGUCUCCAUUGUAUUUUUAAUACUCGUAAGUUUCCUCCCACCUAUGAGCCUCGGGAUUGUUCUCACCCCUCGCUAUUCCCCUCAUGUUUCAUCCUUCUUACUUCAAACCUUUUCGAUGUCUAAUAUGUGUACGUCUAGACUAUCAUUGGUAAUAUCAAUGAUCGUCCAGUCAUUCGUAAUACCUGGUUCUUCCGUCUCGAUCUCACAAAUAUCAUCCCCGAAUCCGUGGGUGGAAGUAUAACGCUCACGAAUUCUCUGGCCCGAUCCCUCGGUCUCCAUGAUUUCUACCAAGUCGGCCUAUGGAAUUUCUGCGAAGGAUACAACGAUGAAGGCAUCACAUCCUGUUCUGAGCCGCAGAAACUAUACUGGUUCAACCCGGUCGAUAUUCUCCUCAACGAAUUACUUCCCGGCGCUACCAUCGCUUUACCCGCACAGAUUAACAAUAUCCUAAGUCUAAUCCGCAUCGCAAGUCACAUAAUGUUUGGAUUUUUCAUCACGGGAGUAGCCAUGAAUUUCUGCAAUAUAUUCCUCUGCUUCUUUACCAUCUACUCACGCUGGAUAUCCGGCAUCUACGCCACAUGGGCAUUUAUAUCCGCACUUCUCACUACAGUCGCAGCAAUCAUCGCCACAGUCAUGUUCAUCAUCUUCCGAAAUGUCAUCACGUCGCAAGCGGGUCUCAAUAUCGGUGCUAGUAUCGGUGAUCAGAUGUUUGUGUUUAUGUGGAUAGGUGCCGCUUGUUCGAUUAUUAAUUGGGUUAUUCAUGUGGGUAUGUGUUGUUGUGGUGCCUCGAGGAGAGAUGUUAAGAAUGGGAGGAGGAUGGGUAGUAAGAAGGCUUAUUCUAGUGGGGCGCUUAUGGAGGAGAAGAAUACCGGGACGAAAAAGAGACAUUUCCCUGCGUUUAAGAGGACGAAGACUCCGGGUGAGAUUGUUUAGUUUUGUGGUAUGUGGUUUGUGUUGGGUAAAAGCAAGUUUUUUUUUUCCGUUUCGUUUUUUUCCGUUUCUCGCUUGAUACUCCUUCCUGAUGCUAGGAUAUUGAGAAAGCGGAAAAUAGAUGCAUUGCAUACAUAGAUAGAUAGAUGAUUCAGAGUUAAAGAUCACUCGAGGUAUGGAUAUAUCAGGUAUAUCAGGUAUAUAGUUAUGAUACUAAGAUGGAUAUGGAAUAGGCGUUAUAAAUUUCGGUGGUUGGAUAUCUUUGGUAUGUAUAUUGGAGUUUUAGGGAUGGGUAGCAUAGCAUAGGAUAGAGUAUUUGUGUAUGCUGAGUGUGGUAUAGCAUAGCAUAGCAUAGCAGAUAUAGUAUAG